AACAAUCAACACUAGAGAGUCACAUACUGUGUUGCUUAUGUAGGCCAAGCUGUACACCCAGAUGUGCAUCUUGUGCUUCCACUCCAGCCAAGCCCCUUGCCCCCAUCCCCCACGAUGGGCAGAACUCUGUUGAUUUUGGUAAACGUUAAUGGAAAUCAAGCUUUUGGGGUUUCUAAAAUCAGUUUGUUUUUUGGUUUCUGAUUUUCAUCAACAUCAAUAGGGUUCUGUUCAGUGUAUGGGUGUGGCAGCUAAGGGCUCUACUAACCAUAACUGGACUCUAAUGAUGAGGUCACCGUCUCACUCUACAUCCUCAAUGACUAAAUAGGGAUUUUAAUGGCAAUCAAGCUUUUCUAACUUUCACCAAAAUCAAUAGGAUUCUGCCCAUUGAUACCUGGAGGAGUCCCUGAGAUUCUGGAAUUGAUGAAAUGUGAUUUUUCAACAAUGAUCAUGUUACAGACACACAAAGAAAUGCCAUUGAGUUGAGUGUGAGGGAUUGCUUCACUUGGCCAAUUAAACAUAACCAGCACAGUUUGGGCUGUUCUAAUAAGGGCAUGAUGCUGAGAUGUCAGCAGUGAAGAACAGCUCAGAUGCUGGGGAAGGGAGAGUGUGCCCAAUUGGCAGUAUGCAGAAAGUGAACCAGAAAAUUGCACAUUUGCGACUGGAGUUGGAAAAAUUCCACACUGGUGACCUGGUGAUUGAGGACUUGGAAUCAUUAAAGAGAUACUCUGGACAGAAGAGCUUCAGAAGAGAGAAAAAGCACUUCAAGACAUCCAGGGAAAGAGACAGAGAUAGGAAGGAGAUAUGCAGCUUUGCACAGAAGUAUGAGCACCCUACGAAUGUGUCAGACUUUGACUCACUAGAUCAGACCAAGAUCACCUACAAGAAGCCUCAGAAUACAUCAGAAAAGAACAAGCUGGUGGAACUGUAUCAAUACCCAGGGUACAACAAGCAUGAGCCAACACCGCUGCCUAAUGGGACGGAGCUGACUGACGUCAUAGAGAAGGUGGUGUGUGCCCAGAGAAAGUCAGCAAGUGGGAAGACACCUUUUCCUUCAAAAAUGCUGCAGAAGUUUCUCACAGCUCCAAUCUCCCAUGCUAUCCUGUUGGACAGCUUCUGGUGGUUUUUUCUCCACUUAUAUCAGCCAAAUAGAGAGAUUCAGGGACGGCUGUUUGAUCGCAUUGCAAAGAAUUAUGCCGCCCUCCUGUUUGACUGUCACAAGUUCCACUACCAGAAUGCUCUUAUUAAAGUUUUCCCUUCAUUGCUGAGCCAAACUUUGUACACCUGCUUCUGCUCCAGCUUUCCAAGAUCCUGGUUCAAUACACAUGAGUUCAAGUCCCAGCUCUGCAAUGUGCUGUCAGAGUGGAUGGCAGGGACACUGCCUGUCCCAGGGAGCUACAGUAGCUGGGACUACUCCCACCUGGAACCAGAGAGAUUUAGGAGGGAAGACUUGCUGUCAACAAAGGGAAAGCAGAGGACAGAAUCCUCUGUCCCCUUUGCUUCCUCAAAGGCUUCUGGCAACCCAGAAAAGACUCCUCAGCCAUCCAUUCAACCAUACAAGAAACGCAUGUCUUUGGGCCAAACUGUCAACAAGCACCAACCUGAUCAAACAAGCCUGGACCUCGGCUCCAAGGAAGUUGUACAUGCAUCUAUGUCCUUGAAAGGCAUCAACCCUCAUACCAUGCCACAUGAUCUGCAGCCUGAAAAGGAUGACCUGAAAAGUGCUUGGAAGCAGCCCCAACACACAUUUGAAACAAGGCGGCUAAAGAUCGCCCCACUCCAUAGAGAGUCACACCCAGCUUGUCAGGGCCCUGACUUCACUUGGCAUCUCUUUAACAUCAAUGGACACAGCCCACUAAUUCAGCACUUCCUCCGGAGCUAUAAUGUUGAACCACAGUCUGGACAAGACAUCUUGAUUCACAGGAGGGAGAUCUGCAAGCCUAUACCGGAGUCCACUCCAACCUAUGCAGAUGUGAUCCGACAAGGUUUUAAUCAUAUUCGCCAUCUGGAUGAUGCCUUCAAAACAGUGCACCAGAGACACUGCAGAGAAAUGAAGGAUUUUGACCAGCACCAGUGGAAGGAGAAGCAAGAAUUCCUCAGAAAAGAGAAACAAUUGCUGUCAGAGAAAGGAGAGAAGCUGAACCAAUUACUGACCCCUCACCUGGAUGUACUCUACAGUUCUGACAAGAGUUCAAGUCUGUCAUAGAAGUGUCUUCAUCCAGAAACAGCACCCUGACAGAAUUCAUGACUCCCCCAACAUAAAUGUCCAUUCAGAUCUUCACAUGCAUCUUAACAGUAUAUUUUGGGCAGCCCACCCCAAAGCUUUCUCCACCAAUUAGGAACAGACAAACCUGAAAAAAUGUGAAGAUUCAGUUCACAGAAGUGCUCUGAGUUUAAAAGUUUGACCUCACUGAUCUGUAAAACUGGGCUGGAAAAAUCUCACAAGAUUGCAAGAAUGGAAGUAAUAUAUGAGGAUAAAAAGUCA